AUGACGAGACCCAACCUCCUGCUGUGUUUCGAUGCGUUUGGAACCUUGUUCAGACCAAGACGCUCACCCGCCCUACAGUAUGCCGAAAUAGCCCGACUCUGUGGUAUCACCGGCUUCAGUGACGAUGAGCUGCAGUCGUCCCUACUGGCUGCGAUCAAGGAGGAGGCAAGGCUGAAUCCCAACUAUGGAAAGUCCACUGGCCUUGGAGCGACUAGAUGGUGGACAAAUGUUAUUCACAAAACAUUCACACCCUUGAUCAAGAAAGAUCAAGUUCUACCCAAGGAUCUUGCGCCUAGGCUUCUACACCGGUUCUCAUCUCACGAAGGCUACGAAGCCGAGCCGAAUCUAACAUCUUCACUCAAGGCAUUAAGGAGCCAGCGGCGCUUUGACAACAUAGUUAUCGGCGUAAUCACAAAUUCCGAUGAUCGCGUCCCAAGUGUCCUCUCAUCCUUCGGCCUCAACGUCAGCCCUCUCCGAUACGGCAUGGAGGUGAAAGAGCCACCAAGCACACUCGCCUCGCGUCACUAUGAUAUCGAUUUCCACUGCAUGUCCUACGACGUUGGCGUCGAGAAGCCGGACAAACUCAUCUUUACAGCUGCCGAGCGCAUGUUGGCGCGAGUUCUUAGCCUUCGAGACGGCAAAAGCCACAUUGAUGCCAACGAGGCAGAUGUUGAUGAGACGUGGCGGAAAGUGUACGUAGGAGACGAUUAUGCCAAGGAUGUCGUUGGAGCAGUAAAUGCGGGCUGGAACCCGGUGCUCUUCGGGACUACCGAGCAAGCCCCUGGUAACGUACCUCGACUGGAGGAUUAUCCUGGUCGGACACUUGAUGAUAUGUUUAGAGAACACGCUGUUACUAGGGUGGAUUCUUUGCAGAAUCUGGCCAAAUGGUUUGUGGGGGGAGUGAAUUGA